UAGUUUCAAACCAUGAAUUAUGUGGGACAGCUGGCUGGGCAGGUGAUUGUCACUGUGAAGGAACUCUACAAGGGCAUUAACCAAGCUACUUUGUCUGGCUGCAUCGAUGUCAUUGUGGUGCGACAGCAGGAUGGCACCUAUCAGUGUUCGCCUUUUCACGUUCGAUUUGGGAAGCUGGGAGUCCUGAGAUCCAAAGAGAAAGUGAUUGAUAUAGAAAUCAAUGGCGAUGCAGUGGAUCUUCACAUGAAAUUGGGUGACAAUGGGGAAGCUUUCUUUGUGGAGGAGACUGAAGAGGAAUAUGAAAAGCUUCCUGCCUACCUUGCCACCUCACCAAUUCCUACUGAAGAUCAGUUCUUUAAAGAUAUCGAUACUCCUUUGAUGAAAUCUAGUGGAAAUGAAAGACCAUCUCAGAGUUCAGACAUCUCCCACAUGUUGGAAACGGAAACAGUUUUCACUUCAAGUUCUGUGAAAAAGAAAAAACGAAGGAGAAAGAAAUGCAAACAGGACAGUAAGAAGGAAGACCAGACCGCUUCUCCUGCUGCAGAAGAUACCGUGGAUGUGGAAAUGAGCUCUGACGAUGACAAGGGGGCCCAGUCAGCAAGAGGAUCUUCAAAUGCUUCCUUAAAGGAAGAUGAAUUUAAGGAGCCUUUGCUCUUCCAUUCUGGGGACCAUUACCCCUUAUCUGAUGGAGACUGGUCCCCUUUAGACAACCCCUAUUCCCCAACAGCAGUGUGUCCUAAGAGUGAUUCAGAGCUGGAGGUGAAACCUGCCGAGAGCCUGCUCAGAUCGGAGUCCCACAUGGAGUGGACGUGGGGAGGGUUCCCAGAGUCCACCAAGGUCAGCAAAAGAGAGAGAUCUGAUCAUCAUCCUAGGACAGCUACAAUUACACCAUCAGAAAAUACCCACUUUCGGGUAAUUCCCAGUGAGGAGAACCUCAUAAGUGAAGUUGAAAAAGAUGCUUCCAUGGGAGAAACGGUCUGUACCAUAGUGAAACCCAAACCCAGAGCCCCGUGUAAGCAGAUGAGCAGUGCAACUUCUGCUGCAGAACUUCUCGAACCUCCCCUGGAGCCUCCUCAGAUUUCAUCUAUGUUAGAUGCAGACCACCUUCCUAAUCCAUCAUUAGUGGAGGCUAUCUCAGAAUCAAAACCUGCAGCUAAAGUAGACUCACCAUCAAAGAAGAAAGGUGUCCACAAGAGAAGCCAACACCAAGGACCUGAUGAUAUUUACCUGGAUGACUUAAAGGCUCUAGAACCUGAAGUUGCAGCCCUCUACUUCCCUAAAAGUGAAUCGGACCCUGGCUCCCGGCAGUGGCCUGAGUCUGACACGCUCUCUGGCUCCCAGUCCCCACAGUCCGUUGGAAGUGCGGCUGCAGAUAGCGGCACCGAGUGCCUCUCAGAUUCUGCCAUGGACUUGCCUGAUGUCACCCUCUCUCUUUGUGGGGGUCUCAGUGAGAACGGAGAGAUUUCCAAAGAAAAAUUCAUGGAGCAUAUCAUUACUUAUCAUGAAUUUGCAGAAAACCCUGGACUUAUAGACAAUCCUAACCUUGUAAUACGGAUCUAUAACCGUUACUAUAACUGGGCUUUGGCUGCUCCCAUGAUCCUUAGCUUGCAAGUAUUCCAGAAGAGUCUGCCGAAGGCCACAGUCGAGUCCUGGGUCAAAGAUAAGAUGCCAAAGAAAUCUGGUCGCUGGUGGUUUUGGCGUAAGAGAGAAAGCAUGACCAAACAGCUGCCAGAGGCCAAGGAAGGAAAAUCCGAGGUACCGCCAACCAGUGACCUGCCAUCAAGUGCAAAGGAGCCAGCCAGUGGCAGGCCGGCUGAGGAUGACUCAUCCAGUGAUGAAGGGUCACAGGAGCUCGAAGAAUCCAUCAAAGUGGACCCUGUUCCCACAGAGCCCCCAAGCCAUGGCAGCACAACCUCCUAUAAAAAGUCUCUUCGACUCUCUUCAGACCAAAUUGCAAAACUGAAGCUCCAAGAUGGCCCAAAUGAUGUUGUGUUUAGUAUUACAACCCAAUAUCAAGGUACCUGCCGCUGUGCAGGGACCAUUUACCUGUGGAACUGGAAUGACAAGAUCAUCAUCUCUGAUAUUGACGGAACAAUAACCAAGUCUGAUGCUUUGGGGCAGAUUCUUCCACAGCUGGGUAAAGACUGGACUCAUCAGGGUAUAGCAAAGCUCUACCAUUCCAUCAAUGAGAAUGGCUACAAGUUUCUGUAUUGCUCCGCCCGUGCCAUCGGCAUGGCCGACAUGACCCGUGGCUACCUGCACUGGGUCAAUGACAAGGGCACAAUCUUGCCUCGGGGCCCUCUGAUGUUAUCCCCUAGCAGCUUGUUCUCUGCCUUCCACAGGGAAGUGAUAGAAAAGAAACCAGAGAAAUUCAAAAUAGAGUGUCUAAAUGAUAUCAAGAAUCUGUUUGCCCCCUCUAAGCAGCCCUUCUAUGCCGCCUUUGGAAACCGUCCAAAUGAUGUCUAUGCUUAUACGCAAGUUGGAGUUCCAGACUGCAGAAUAUUCACCGUGAACCCCAAGGGUGAAUUAAUACAAGAAAGGACCAAAGGGAACAAGUCAUCGUAUCACAGACUGAGCGAGCUCGUGGAGCAUGUGUUCCCACUUCUCAAUAAGGAACAGAAUUCUGCCUUUCCGUGCCCAGAGUUCAGCUCCUUCUGCUAUUGGCGAGACCCGAUCCCCAAAGUGGACCUGGACGACCUGGCGUGAAAUGGCACCUCCAGGGGCGAUCCUCCGUCACUCGCCUCGCAGCAAGGGAAGGUGACCAGCACUUCUGCUGGACAGAGGA